GAUUUACGAUUUUAGGUUUUUUUUAUUCAAUUAGUUUGAAAGGUCUAGGAUUUUAUUAAAUUUAGCUUGUGAUAUAUAAAAAAAUGGCUACUGAUCUAGGAAUUGUUUCUACGGGGUCACCUAAUCCUCUCGGCUCAUUAAACAGCAAACGUUGGAAUAGUCUACGCCAUAUAUUGGAGCGCCCGGGACCAUUCUGCAAAGCUGAUUUUACAGCAUCAGCCGAAAAUUUGGAAGUUUUACAAACUGCGCUUAAAGUUCUAGUUAUUGGUGCCGGCGGCCUUGGAUGUGAGCUGCUGAAAGAUCUUGCAAUGAUGGGUUUUGGCAAUUUGCAUGUAAUCGAUAUGGACACAAUAGAAUUGUCGAACUUGAAUCGUCAAUUUCUUUUCCGGCGCAAAGAUCUCGGCUUAUCGAAAGCGGAGUGUGCAGCGCGCUUUAUAAACGAACGUGUACCCACUUGCCGCGUGACACCACAUUUUUCUAAAAUUCAAGAUUUUGAUGAAAGUUUUUAUUCACAAUUUCAUAUCAUAGUAUGUGGACUAGAUUCGAUAGUGGCGCGUCGUUGGAUAAAUGGCAUGUUGAUUUCCAUGUUGGACUACAAUGAAGACGGCAGUGUUGAUCCAUCAACAAUUAUUCCAUUGAUUGAUGGCGGCACUGAAGGGUUCAAAGGCAAUGCGCGUGUUAUCUUACCUGGUUUCACGUCUUGCAUUGAAUGUACGUUGGACUUGUUUCCACCGCAAGUUACAUAUCCAUUGUGCACUAUCGCCAAUACGCCACGUCUGCCAGAACAUUGCAUAGAAUAUGUAAAAAUCAUACAAUGGGAGAAAGAAAAUCCCUUUAGUGUACCAUUAGAUGGCGACGAUCCGCAACAUGUUGCGUGGGUAUACGAACGUUCGUUAGAGCGUGCAAAUCAAUACAAUAUUUCCGGAGUCACCUACAGGCUUGUGCAAGGUGUUAUUAAAAACAUCAUUCCAGCUGUGGCGAGCACCAAUGCCGUAAUAGCUGCAGCUUGCGCCACCGAGGUCUUCAAAUUGGCUACUAGUUGUUACGACAGCAUGAAUAACUACAUGAAUUUUAACGACAUGGAAGGCAUUUACACGUACACUUAUCCGCCGGAGAAGAGCGAUAUUUGCUUGGCUUGCAGUAACACACCACAAGAUUUAAAUGUUGAUGACCCAAAUACAACUACGCUUGAUGAUCUAAUCAAAAUACUUUGCGAUAGUCCGCGUUUUCAGCUAAAAAGUCCAGGUUUGACGACAAUUAUUGACGGCAAAAAUAAAACGCUUUAUAUGUCCGCUGUGAAGAAUAUAGAGGAACAAACACGCGGAAAUCUUACAAUGUCGCUGGCCGAAUUGGGACUAUAUGAUGGUGCGAGUAUCAUGGUCAGUGAUGUGAAUAUGCCAACCACUAUUACACUCCAGUUAAAGUACCAUCCCAAUGAAGUUGAAAUGAAAUGAACAACAUAUUUUUUAAAUUAGAAACUACAAGUUUUUGGCUGGUUUACUAUGUUAUUGUCGCAAGUAUAUUGCAAAAAAAAUAUGUUAAACAAGAUUGAAGAAAAUCAAUAAAUUAAAAUUUCACAUAUUUCCACUGUA